GUUAGCACUAAGUAGUACUUAGUAGUAAGUCAUCAGCGCAGCCACAGUGACCGCGAUAUGCUGUUCGAUGAGAAAAACUACGGUGUGCAACUGAGAGCUGACAACCUCAAUGUGUGGACGCCAGGGGUCAAGUCCUGGAGAAGAAAAAUAGUUAAGCCUGCGACGAAUAUCCUCUGUGAUGUUUCAGUUUCUAUCAAGUCGGGCGAGUUUGUGGCUAUUCUCGGUCCAAGCGGCGCCGGUAAGACAACUCUCCUGGCCUCCCUGGCCGGUAAAUGUAACCUGCCAUCCUCGGGUUCUGUCACCAUCAAUGGUGAGGAUGUGAGGGAGCUACAAAGGGCGGUGGACAUCGUCCCUCAGAGGGACGUGUUCAUGGAUGACUUGUAUGUGAGGGAGCAUUUGGUGUUUAUGACAGAAAUGAAGCUAGGCAGCACUAAGAACAUAGAAAACUUGAACGUCCUAAAUGCUUUAGUUCGUGAGUUGAACCUCAAACAUCUAGAAGAUUCUCCGGUCAGUGCGCUGUCUGGAGGAGAAAGAAGACUGCUUUCGUUGGCUACUUCUCUACUAUCCAACCCUCAAAUAGUCGUCUGUGACGAACCAACGACUGGCUUAGACAGCUCCAACGCAAAUCUAGUCGUUGACGUGCUGAAAAAGUUGUCUCUCUCUGGAAAAGUUGUUAUCUGCACCUUGCACCAACCCUCUUCGGAUCUCUUCGCUAAGUUCGACUCUCUGUGUCUGAUGAGUGAAGGGAAACUGAUAUAUCAUGGGUCCCAUGAGGACUGCAGACGUGUUUUUGAGAGUGCGAAACUAAAGUGCCCAACAAACUAUAACCCAGCCGAGUUUUACAUCAAGGCCGUGUCAGACGGUUCCAUCGUGGAGAGGAUACACAGACCAGACUGUCAAACUGCUUCCCAAACGCCCAUACCUCGCCAACUGUUCCAAAGAUUCAGAAGAAAUUGGUUCAAGCAAGUGUCUCUGUUGUUAUGGAGGUCGUUAUUAACUUUCAAGAGGACUUUAAGUGGGUUCUUUAUAAGGAUAUUUAUUUCAACGCUGUUCUCAUCUCUGAUCAUCGGGACCUGCUUCGUGGGUAUAUCGGGGACGACGCAGCGCGGCAUCCAGGACUUCCGAGGGUUCCUGUGGCUGAUGUGUUCUGAAGUCUCCUUCAUAUUGUCGUAUAACGCCCUGUACGCGUUUGAGGCCGAUCUCACACUGUUCAAGAGAGAAGUGGGGAUCUAUAAUGCUUCUGCGUUCUAUGUGUCGAGGUUUCUGACUAUGGUGCCGCGGUGUGUGCUAUGGCCUAUCGCAUACGUAAUGACCGCUACGUCGGCGGUAGAUCUGCCUAACCGACUGCUGACCACCGCCGAGUUCGUUGCCGCGCUAGUCGUUACCGCCUUCGGGUCUACAGCAUAUGGUCUCGGCAUGGGGGCCCUAUUCCUGACCACGGGCGUGAUGGGCGACGUGAUGCCCUGCGUCGACCUGCCCCUGUUCCUCAUGUCUGGGGCCUUCAUCAGGAUAUCCUCUCUACCGCUCUGGCUGUAUCCUAUCAAGUACGCGUCACACUUCUACUACGGAAUGGAUGCACUGAGUAACAUCUAUUGGAGACAGAUUCAGAAAAUUGAUUGCCCCCUCAAUUCCACCCUCUGUCUGCCAAACGGAGAAGCGGUGCUCAUGGAGUCAGGGUACUCUUCUGACUUCGUAUACCAGGAUAGCCUGGGUCUGGCCACCGUCACAGCGGUCUGGAGUAUAGUGGGCUACUGCGGACUGAGGAGGGAGGAGAGUAAAGGAUAUGCUUAUUGA